AUGGCGUCGUCAUCGAGGGCGACGUCGUCGCGCCGUUCCGUCUUCGACGCCGCCUACAUCCGCUCGGAGUUUUCCGCGGCCGGCAUCUCCGGCCACUUCAUCCCUCUCAUCUGGAAGUACGUACUUCAGAACCCUAGGUGCAGCAACCUGGAUGGCGUCCCGUCGCUGCCGGCAGCCGCGUACGCGCUCCUCCGGCAGAAGUUCCGGCCGACCACGUCGACGCUAACCGCUGCCGCGGACUCCAAGGACCGCACCACGACCAAGCUCCUCAUCUCCCUGCAGAAUGGAGAGUCUGUAGAGGCAGUGGUCAUGCGAUAUGACACACGACUGGGGAAGUAUGAUGGAAAGCCUCGGCCUGGUGGAGUGCGCUCAACCCUUUGUGUGUCAUCACAGGUUGGGUGCAAGAUGGGCUGCAGAUUCUGUGCUACUGGAACAAUGGGCUUCAAAAGCAAUCUGUCUUCUGGACAAAUUGUAGAGCAGCUGGUCCAUGCAUCCCGCUAUUCUCAGAUCCGAAAUGUUGUUUUCAUGGGAAUGGGGGAGCCGAUGAACAACUAUAAUGCUUUGGUUGAAGCAAUCGGAGUGUUUACAGGAUCUCCUUUCCAGCUUUCACCUAAGAGAAUUACUGUAUCUACUGUCGGAAUCAUUCAUGGAAUCAACAAAUUCAAUGCAGAUCUUCCAAAGGUGAAUUUAGCUGUGUCAUUGCAUGCUCCUGACCAAGACAUACGCUGUCAGAUAAUGCCUGCUGCACGUGCCUUUCCUUUAGUAAAGUUAAUGAAUGUGCUGCAGUCCUAUCAAAAUGAGAGCAAGCAGAUCAUCUUUAUUGAGUACAUUAUGCUUGAUGGAGUUAACGAUCAGGAGGAGCAUGCUCAUCAGCUUGGUAAACUGCUUGAAACGUUCAAAGCGGUUGUCAAUCUAAUACCAUUCAAUCCAAUUGGGUCAUCAAGCAAUUUCAAGACAAGCAGUGACCAAAAUGUGAAGAAGUUCCAAAAGGUCCUAAAAGGCAUCUACCACAUCAGAACCACUGUUCGCCAGCAGAUGGGUCAAGACAUAGCUGGUGCUUGUGGCCAGUUGGUGCGUUUCAUUGCCAUUAGUAAGUUGGUCAGAUUCCAUGUUGGUGGGCUGAAACAAGUCGAGCCAGAAAUCGGGGAAAUCCCAGUCUCCUUUGUGGCCAAGGCCAAAGGGAGCGAGCUCACCGAAGAUGACGUGAAACAAUUUGUGGCCAAGGAGGUGAUCUACUACAAGAAGGUCCGGGAAGUGACCUUCGUCGACAAGAUCCCCAAGGCCCCAUCGGGCAAGAUAUUGCGCAAGGAGCUAAGGAAACAGCUUCAGCAGCAGCAACAAGGGGUGUGA